CAUAAAAGGUUUUUUUGAAGGCCGAUGAUAAUCAAACUUUGGACCCCAUUGACUUCCAUUGUAUAGACACAAAACCACGAAGACAUUUCUUAAAAUAUCUCCUUCCAUGUUCCACAGAAGGAGUCAAAUAAAGGUUUUGUAUGACAUGAGAGGAAAUAAAUGAUGAAUGAGAUUUUAUUUUUGGGUGCGCUGUCCCUUUAAGAUACUAGAAAGAUGCAGCUUCUAUUGCCAGAGCCCUUCACCUCGAUACUGUUCCAUGUGUGGAUUUUACUCCGCUCAGACCAGUUAUUUUCAUUCUCAAUUCAAUCUCUCAUAUGUGUAGAUCACAGAUAUUGCUGCUCUGAAGUCGUCAAGCGUUUUUGUGACCUUUAGCAUUCACAUACGUACUUUGGAUAAUUCACAGAGAUCUGAUGGAUUAGGGAUAGGGGAUAAAAUAUUAAGUUUAAAAUCAUUAGGCCUAUGGACUGUCCCCACCGAGAUGAUAAACCAGGCAUGUACAUGUGUAAGUUAUGGAAUAAAAGAUGUGUUGUUGACAUUUAGGCUGACCAAAGUUUAUAAAACUACAACAUGGCUCCGCCAGGUUUAGUUUUUUCCUUGACCCACUUAAAGGAAAAGUGGGGAUAUUUCAAUGUAUGUGUCGUUUUUGUUUGUACCUUUUUUGAAAGUUAUGCAUCAAUUUAGAAAGCUAGGGAAUUGCUUUUGUGUGUUUUGUCCAUAAGGGAUGAUGUUUUCUGAUCUGGGAUGGGUUUCCCACCAUUGCUACUGCAUAUUAAAAAACUGGACUGACCCCAGAACAGUUUUAGUGUGAAAUGUGUUGAUACCAACCCUGGUCCAAACUUGGGACUGAUGUUUUAUAAUGAGGGUUCCCAUACUGGGUUUGAGUUACAAGUGGUCGUCUCUGUUAAACAUAUUUUAGGGAUAUGUGAAUGAAGGCCACGUGGAUCUUGAAAUUUAGUCUGUUAAAAUCUCACGAUUUAUUUAUAGUUAUAAUUUAUUAUAAUCCUUUAGAUCAAUUAAAGCGUUCUCUAUUGGAACGGCAGUUGCUUCGCUUCAUUCUGUGAAACUCAGGGAGCGUAGAAAUCUGUGUUUUGAAAUUGAGAAUAUACUUAGAAAGGCAUUAAAUAAUUCUUAAUAACACUCCUUAUAUGCUUUUUGAAAGAACAAGUUUUUUUUGAUAAUGUAAACAUCUACAGUUGGUUUUAAAGCAAAAGUUAAUUUCAAAAGCAAAUUUGUGUUAUUUUUUACUCGCCCACAUGACGUUCAACUUGUUUUUAAGGAGUCAUAUGACACAGCUUAAACAAAUAUUAACCAUUGUUUAAGAUGUAAUGAAAUGUGUAUACAGGAUUUAAGGUUCAAAAACGCUGUAUUUUCCACAUACCGUGCAUGUUUGCCCCCUCCUCUCUGAAACUUUAACAUAUUUUUAACAAAGCUCAUCGCUCUGAAAAGCGAGGUGUGCUAUGAUUGGCCAGUUAACCAGUGCGCAGUGAUUGGUCGAAUACUGCAAGCGUGUGACGGAAAUGUAACACUUCUUACCAUAUUUGGAUCAUCAGGUUCAAAAGCAAUUGUACUGACAGGUACGCCCACCUUGCUUAUACAUCUGGGCCGUCUUAGUCAACUCAUACAACGAACUGACAUAGAUUUGUAGGGGUGUGGUUACACCAGGCGUUUCAGGCAGGUCUGGGUGAGCAUUCGCUUUUAGAUCGAAUGCAUCUUUUUUACUUCACUUUCAUUGUUGCAAUUUUACGUGUCUAAUGCAUGCAUGAGCAACUUAUAACACACCAACGACACAAAAAACAUGUGUUUGCGUUUAAAGUCAUGUGGGUGAGUAAAAAAUAGCCCAAUUUUGACUUUGGGAUUAACUUUUUCUUUGAGGUGUAACAGACCUUGCACAAAAAGUAAAGGUCAACAGUGAAAACUGGUUUCUUGUGCUCUUUACUUUUUGGUGUAAAGAUGAUUUUAGUUUUGAAAAAAAAGCUUUUUAAAGUGCAAAAUGUGAGAAAAAAAAUGAAAUUCACCUUUAAAGCAACUUGAGGCUGAGUAAAUGAUGAUAGAAUUUUAUUGGGUGAACUAUCCCUCUAAAUCCUACUGGAAAAGCUACACCCAAACACACAACAAAGCACCUUUGUGCUACAUUUACACAUUUGGCAGAGUUUCGUUCUACUUUCACAGCUGAUUGUUUACCUUAGUAAUGUAAUUAAAACCAUUUUUAUCAGGGAUCCCUUAAGAAAACUAAUUAUGGUUUUAUUAUAGUAAAAGUGAAGUAGCCGUAUUGUUAGGCUCAUUAUCAUGCAUGCAUGUAUUGCCACAGUUUCACUACAAAUAUCACAAGUAAACUAUGGUAAUAGUGAGACAAUAAAAUAUCUUUUGGUAGUGUGGAUCUACUUCCACCAAAACAAAAACUAUUUACGAUAGUUAAACCCUGAUAAGUUUUUGGCAGUAAAUAGUAAAUAAACUCAAUCACAAUUGUAUUUCUGCUCCAUUGAAGUAGCAAAAACUACUCAACUUAUUUGAUGCCUUCUAGGAUACUUUCUAACAGCAUCCCACCUGUAUACAUUUUAUUGCGACGCCGUAAAGGAGAUAUUUGCAAACUAACAGUUCUACUAAGACACAAAACUAGUCAAUAGUGCUCGUUUGGUUUUCCAAAUGCUUCAAAAUAUUUUCAUAUUUUACAUAUUCACAUUUUUGUUCAACAGAACAAAGCAUUUUGAACAGAUUUGAAACAACUUGAGGGAGAGUAAAUGAUGACAGCAUUUAAAUAUUUGGAUGGACUAUCCUUAGUGGUGCUCUCUUGCUUAUCAUUAACCAGAUGACAUCCACAAAUAGAACCCAACAGUAUAAACACCCACACAAACCUUUCUCCUUUCCAUUAAUCCUUCAGUAUUUCUGUGAUGGCUUCUAUUGUUUUGUUCAGCAGGGUGAAGACCCUAUUUGUUUCGGUUGAAACCUUUAAGGCUUUAAGUUGCGAAACGCGUGUUUUAGAUGAUAAGAGUGCGGUUUUAACACGCAUCCGGUCUUGCGCAUCUUUAAAAUUCAGCUGCUUACCGAGCAAACCAAACAAAAUGAGUCAGAUGAAUGACCCUAAAUGUAACCACGGAUUACUAAACUAACCAGUUCAACUAGUUUUUACUACUGUCUCACUACAAGGUUGUGCAUGAUUUUAGUUAAACAUUGUGUUAAUCAAACCACAAUAGUUACACUUUUUCCAUCGUUUACUUUCCUAAGGCUUUAAACACCUUCGCUCCCCACCCCCCAGUCAUUUGUUUCCCGGACACCCCUCAGUGAACGAGAUCAGGUCACAUUUGCAUGUGUAAGCAAGCGCGCUCAUCCAUUGCGGACAUAAAUAAGGGGGAAGUCUCUGAAGAAACUGUCUGUGGCAGCAAAAAUAGAACGAGUCGUGACCGUCUCUUAAAACACCAGAGCGCGUGAAUGCGCGCAGGGUUGCGAGCCGGCCGCCUGACUUGCGUUAGGGCUAUUUGGCACCGUUGUGUCCAACAUGGGACGCUGCUUCUUAACGCAUCAGAUCGAUGCCUUGAAUAUUCUCCAUGAGCUGCAAACACACAAGAAAACGCGGAGCUGCGAUGGAGACGGCGCGCGUCAGUCUGGGGUAGCACCUGUCCGCAGGUGCGAGUCGCGCAGGUUGAAGACCAUCGCGGAGAGAGCGCGAGAGAGCUGCGUCACCCGACUCAUCGAUAUAUUGACGCGGCUGAUUUCUAUAGAAGAAGACUUGAUCAAAUGCGCUUCUCAGCACGAAAGAAGUUCGCUCAGGAGCAAGGACAGCGUUGACCUAAAGAACAUCUGCUUAAGGAUGGCUCUCGGUGAAGAUGCUUCGUGCUCGGAUAGAGACGUGAAGGAACUUCGAGAUUGUCUUCGGCUCAUCGUCAGCAAUUUGCUCGCAAGUGUGCAAGAUGAGAACAGUCUGCCCUCCACCAUGACCAGACACAAGCUGAGAGAAAUAUCCAACUCCUUCCCUGAUAUCUGAAGAUCUCUAGAUCUGAUAUUUCAUGGCAUUGAACUCUAAGGAACCUCUAAGCUACUUCAAAGAUCACGGAGGACUGACUUUUCUAAGGAAAGAACUAUACUGACAAAAGUGAAGAUGUUAGGAUUUUCGUUAGAUUAUGAGGUGUACUUCAUAGUUAUUGUUAGAAAUCAGACUGAAACUCUCCAGAAUCAUGCCAGAGUGGCCCACAACAUGACGGUACAGGUAAAACGAGUCUGAAUGUCCUGAAUCUGCUGAACUCGCCGGGUGGGAUGCCUGAGCAAUGUCACACCUCAGGGAUGUGUUUGGUGUGGCAGGCAUUGUCAUCAGAUCGUAAACAGAGGAUCAGCUGGAUGGGAAGUCAAGUGAACUGGUUGGAGGAUGAGUGUGUUUAAAAUACAGUGUUUUGCUAAAGU